CAUUCAGUAUAGCAUAAAAGAGUUCAAAGGAGAUUCAUUUUUUUUUUCCUCUAAUUUUUCCAGCUUAGCUAAACCAAUCUUUUUUACAUAUCAACACAUUUAGAGAAAAUAUAUGGCAACUCUUCAAGCAUCAAGUUUCUUGAGCUCGUCUGCCACCUCGUCUUCAUCUUUCCGAAGAGGAACCAUUAAAGCGAGGUUGAAUAUUCCCAAGAUUCAGACCAACAAAUUCUCCCUCCCUAUGCUAAAACAAAGAAGAGGAAUAUCAGAUCAUGAACCAUUUAUAACCAGCAAUCCAGUUGAGGAACUGCUCAGUCCUUCAAGAAUAUUAAGUGAUACAAAUACUAUUGUCGAUGGUCCUGAUCCUCUUGUGAUCGAGAAGCUUUAUGUUAUCAAGGAGGCAGUUGCAGAUAGAGUGGAGAUGCAUAGAAACAUUGGAGAGCAAAGGAGCCAAUGGAACAGCAUGCUUUUGACGUCCAUUAAUGGGAUUACUCUUGCUGCUGCUACAAUGGCUGGCAUUGCAGCUAGCAGCAGUGUUGGUGGUGAUGCUAUUUUUGGACUAAAAUUGUCAUCCACUAUGAUGUAUUUGGCUGCUACUGGGAUGUUGGCGAUCAUGAACCAAAUUCAGCCAUCCCAACUUGCUGAAGAACAAAGAAACGCAACAAGGCUGUUUCAAGAUCUCCGUAACCAAAUCGAAACAACUUUAUCAAUCGGUCAUCCUUCAGCUACUGAUGUCAAAGAAGCUAUGGACAAAGUUUUGGCUCUUGACAAGGCCUAUCCACUUCCUCUUCUUGGUGUGAUGCUAGAGAAAUUUCCAUCUUCUGUGGAACCUGCUGUUUGGUGGCCUCAACAACGUCGAAGGCAGCCCAACCAUGGAAACGAAUGGAAUGGAUGGAACGGUAAAUUGGAGGAAGAAAUGAAAGAAAUAAAGGGAGUUUUGGGCAGAAAAGAUCAAGAAGAAUAUAUUAGCCUCGGGCAAAAGGCCUUGAAACUGAACAAGCUUUUAGCCAUUUCCGGUCCUUUGCUCACAGGCCUAGCAGCAAUUGGCUCAAUGUUCAUAGAAUCUUCUACUUCUCAUGGAUCUAACUGGGCAGCCAUGCUAGGAAUUGUUGGUGGCGCAUUGGCAAGUGUUGUUAACACAAUAGAACAUGGUGGACAAGUUGGAAUGGUAUUCGAAAUGUAUAGGAGCAACGCUGGUUUCUUCCAGUACAUGCAAGAAUCCAUUGAAUCAAACUUGACAGAAACAGAAACGGAGAGAAGAGAAAACGGUGAAGUAUUUGAGAUGAAGGUGGCUUUGAAAUUAGGAAGGAGCUUAUCAGACUUAAGAGAUCUUGCAGCUUCUUCAUCAUGGAAAACAGACGAGUGUGCAAGCAAGCUUUUUUAAAGUUUCAACUGUUUAUUGAAUAAUGCAUGGAGACAACAGUAGGGACUACCUCAUUCUUUUGAUUCAAUUGUUAAUGCAAAUGGUUUGAUUAA